AUGGGUGUUCCAAAGUUCUUCAGAUGGAUGUCCGAGAGGUAUCCGGCCAUCUCUCAGCUCAUUGCAGAGAACCGGAUACCGGAGUUCGACUGCCUUUACCUUGACAUGAACGGCAUCAUUCACAACUGUACACACAAGGAUUCGGACUCUCCCACGUAUCGCAUGACGGAAGAAAAGAUGUUUAUUGCUAUAUUCAACUACAUCGAGCACCUUUUCGGAAAGAUAAAACCAAAACAGCUGUUCUUCAUGGCCAUCGAUGGCGUCGCGCCGCGAGCCAAGAUGAACCAGCAACGUGCUCGCCGUUUCAGGACCGCUCUCGACGCUGAACAAGCCCGUGAAAAAGCUAUCAGGGAAGGAGUGGAGAUGCCGAAGGACGACCCCUUCGACAGCAAUUGUAUCACUCCUGGAACAGAGUUUAUGGCCAGGUUGACCCAGCACCUGAAAUACUUCAUCAACAAGAAGGUCUCCGAGGACGUUGACUGGCAAGGCGUGGAAAUCGUCCUGUCCGGUCAUGAAGUCCCUGGAGAGGGAGAGCACAAGAUCAUGGAGUACAUUCGGCAGGCGAAGUCGCAGCCAGAUUACGAUCCAAACAGGAGACACUGUCUUUACGGCUUGGAUGCCGAUCUGAUCAUGCUUGGCUUGCUCAGCCACGAUCCACAUUUUUGCUUGCUGCGAGAAGAGGUUACCUUCGGACGGCAGGCCCAGAAGAAGUCAAAAGAGCUAGAGCAUCAGAACUUCUACCUGAUGCAUCUCUGCAUCGUUCGGGAGUACUUGGAACUGGAGUUUCAGGAGUUGGAACAGCCCGGCGCUCUGGAUUUCCCUUUCGAUAUGGAGCGGGUGAUUGACGACUUUAUCCUCAUGGCCUUCUUUGUCGGCAACGAUUUUCUUCCAAAUCUACCACAUCUGCACAUCAACGAGGGAGCGCUGGCGCUAAUGUUUGGCGUUUACAAGAGCGUUUUACCAAAGGCUGGUGGCUACAUCAACGAGGAGGGCGUAAUCAAUUUGCAGCGUUUGGCGCUUCUCUUGGACGAGCUUUCGCAUGUCGAGUUUCGCUUCUUUGAGUCAGAGAACGCAGACGCGAGCUGGUUCAAAGGGAAGCAGCUGGGCAAAGAAGAUGUAAUGCAAAAGGUGAAGAACCGGGGAAAGUUGGUUCUCUCCUCGCUUCAACGCGAGAUCUUCAACAUCGUGAAGAAGUUCAUUAUCAGCCAGACGCCCGAGGAGGAAGCCGCGCCGCUGGACUUCCCACCAACACUACCCGCUCGAGAUCGUAAAUUCGUGAUGGACCUGGCCAAGGAUCUGAACAUGGAGUGCAACACAGUUCAAGACGAAGACGGCGAUCGACAUCUUCAGUUGUCGGUUCCUUCGAAGCUUGGUGGUGACGGCAGCGGAUCUGAUGCCUCCUCAGACGAAGAGGCCAAAACUGCACUGGAGCGCGUUUUCAAGCGCUACGAGAAGGCUGAGGUGGUCGACAUCAGCCCCGAAGAUGCGCAAGCAGAGAUGGAGAAGAAGUACGAACAGAAGUUCCAGGCAUGGAAGAACGAGCAUUACACUUCUAAGUUCGGAUGGGGCUUGGACAAUGAGGAGGAACUGACGAAGUUGGCCGAGAACUACGUUCAGGGUCUUCAGUGGGUGCUGUAUUAUUACUACCGCGGAGUCGCGUCUUGGCCCUGGUUCUACGGGUAUCACUAUGCCCCGAUGAUAUCAGACGUCAAGAGAGGGUUGAAAGCAAACAUGGAUUUCAAGCUUGGCCAGCCUUUCCGACCAUACCAGCAGUUGAUGGGUGUCUUGCCGGAUCGAAGCAAGAAGAUCGUCCCCACAACAUACCAUGAUCUCAUGACCAAUCCAAACUCACCCAUCAUUGACUUCUACCCUCGCGACUUUGAGCUGGACAUGAAUGGAAAGAAGAUGGAAUGGGAGGCCGUGGUAAAAAUCCCGUUCAUCGACGAGAAGCGCUUGCUUGCCGCCAUGGCCACUAAAGAGCAGGGCCUUUCAGUCGCCGAGCGAGCUCGCAACGAGUUCGGUGUUUCUUUGAAAUUUACCUACUCUCCGGAUCUGGACUAUACGUAUCCCUCAUCCUUACCUGGUGUCUUCCCCGACUUAGAGCACUGCCGAUGUGUCGAAAACAUCUUUGAGCUUCCCACCAUGGAAGGCUUGGAGGUCUACGUAGGCCUUGUUGACGGUGUCAAGAUGGGUGCCGAUGCUCUGGCGGGCUUCCCGAGUCUGAAGGUGUUGCCCUUUGCCGGCGCAUUGGGCUUCCACGGAGUCAACGUGUUCCAGCAGGACAGCAGGAACGAAAGCAUGGUUGUUACGUUACUCGAGUCCGAGAUGCGCGCAAGAGUAUCGCAUGCUAAGACCAAGCUGGACCAGACCGUGCACGUUGGAUACCCGUUCCUGCAAGAAGCAAAGGUGGUGAGAGUCUCAGACGAGCUCUUCGACUACGUCCUUUCAAACGAUGGCAACGCGCAAGUCGUGCCCAUCCCGCACGAUCCGAGGGCGAUCUCCGAUUGGAAGAAGAAGGCGGAUCGCAUUGAGAAGUUGUACAGCAAGCGAUUGGGCAUGAUCAUAGGAGACGUUGAGUCUCUUGUGCAUGUCGAAAUGUUAAGAGGACUCAAGAAGACCGAUGAAGGCGCGACCGUGAAGGAGUAUGGUGAAGUCCCUGGGCUGGAGCCCGAUUACGCCACGCAGACCUUGGUGGACGAGGUUGUCAGCGAAGAUCCGCGCUUCAUCGAAAAAGCCGCCGUACCCAUGGCGGAAGAGUUCCCACUGGGCACCCGAGCUUUCUUCCUUGGAGAGUUCGCUUAUGGACGCCCUUGCGAGAUCAUCGGGCACAACGGCGAGAAGGCCGAUGUCUGGGUCCUGACAUCCAAGACUCGUGAACGAGAGUUCGGCCGCGAGAUUGUGGCCAUGGCUGAACGCUCUGUGCCGUACAUACCGUCGUUUCAAGUGGCAAGGAUGCUGAACCUGAACCCAUUGGUCCUUAGCAAACUCACGUCGGCUUUCAACGUCAACUCAAGCUCCCUGCGGCUCAAUCUUGGCUUGAACCUCAAAUUUGAGGCGAAGAAGCUCAAGGUGCUGGGCUACUCUCGUAAAGGCGACUCCGGCUGGGAGUACAGUCAGAAGGCCGUUGAUCUUAUCACUCAGUACAUGAUCCGUUUCCCAGAGUUCAUCGCAGGCAUCACAAGAAAUCCCAAGGGCGAUAUCUACGAGGAUACUGACUUCUACCCCGCGGAGAUUGCGAAGGAGAAGAUGAAGGAGAUUGGGGCAUGGCUCAAGUCGGUUGAGUCGAAGAGCUUCGAAAAAGUGCCGCUUGAUGCGGAACAGCUAGACUCUGAUAUCAUCAAGCAGAUUGAGCAGGCAGCGGAUGAGAUCGUCAGUAAGGGUGAACCGCCUGAGCCGAAGAAGAUCAAGAACGUGUCACGCAACGCCCUUCUCAAGCCAUCGGACGCAGAACAGCGUGUCGGUAUACAACGCUUCGCUCUGGGUGACCGCGUCGUUUAUGUCCAAGAUUCGGGCAGGGUUCCGAUCGGCCAGCGAGGUACCGUGGUUGGUAUGACCCGUACAUCGCGCACGCUCCUCCUGGAUGUUGUCUUCGAUACCAGCUUCAUGAGCGGCAGCUCGCUCGGCGAACGGUGCUCGCCAUUCAGAGGCUCUACUGUUCCAAACACAUCAGUUCUGAACCUCAGCGACCCUCAAGUCAUCGCUCUCUCGGCAGCUGCGCAGGCUCGCCGCCCCGCUCAGCCAGCGCAGCCACUCACAGUUCAGCACGGCUAUGGCGUUCCUGGCGAGCAACUGCGUCCUGCGUCAGCCCCAGGACCGCUGAUCGGCUCUUUCUCUGGCGCCCUUGGGGGUCAGCAGAACGGUUUCCGCGGCAGCGGUAUGCCUCGCGGACGAGGCCGUGGUGGGCCGAACGGCUUGCACAACGGCUAUCAGACUCCGCCUGCAUCGUUCCAACAACAGACCACGCUCCCUUUCCACAACGGCCCGCCGCCAAACACCUACCGCGGUCGCGGCGGCCAAGCGAACGGCUUCACCCCCCGCGCUACCGCGAACAACUUCGUGCCGCGCGGUAGAGGCGGCUUCCAGCCAGGCCAGAACCGUGCCGGCUACACCGUCAUCGAUAACAGUGAUCCGGUCGCUGGAGUUGUAAUGAAUAAUCCCAGUUUCAGGCCGCAGAACUACUCUAGUGUUCCACCGCCGGCGAUCCUUGACCAGCCUAGCUUUAGGGGACGAGGGCGCGGACGCGGUGGUGCUGGGUUUAGGGGGCGUGGGAAUGGGAAUGCCAAUGGGGGUAGGGGGGCGCUAUCGCAGGGGCAGCCACAGGUGCAGACGCAGGAGUGA